AUGGGCUCAAUCACUCAAGGUCACGAUACUCGCAAGCUAUUCACUCCCCUCCGCCUCGGGACCGUGAACCUUUCGCACCGCAUUAUCAUGUCCCCUCUCACCCGAGCUCGAUGUCCCGGUAGCAUUCCUACAUCUUUGGUAGAAGAGUACUAUACUCAAAGAGCUACACAGGGUGGACUGUUGAUCAGCGAGGGGAUGCAUCCUAGUUUGAUGGUUGGAUUCCAUCCAUGGUUACAAAUCCGCCUUCCAAAUGCUAAUGGGCAAAUCUAG